AGAUGAACAGUACGUAGCAAUGGUUAUUUUGAAGGUCUCUUUUUAACGUCUUAAGUGUGAUUUGUCGCUGAAUUAUGGGCGGGGUGGUAAACCAGUCCUACAAGGCAGUUGCCUGGCUGUGUCCUCUCAUUGUCAUUCAAGUUUCACUGCAUACAGACCAUGCCCAGUGACUCAUAGACUGCAUCUGAUGGAUGGAAGCUGUUUUUUAGUCUUUAGUCGGCCUAUUUUAGACUUAUUUUACGGAGAACCUUGAGUUAAGAAAAAACGGAAUGUUGUCGUUGUUUUCAUGAUGUUACAUUCAAGUUAUAUUUACCAUACUGGACUAUGGCAGGGUAGAGCGUAAUUCAAAGGAAGUAUUGCUGAGGCGUUCCUCAAACGCGUCGGGCGCAUCUUCAAGAACCGACACAACAGCGCACUGAACUUAUAAAUAACAGCUGGAGCGGUACGCAGUUUACACGUUUGGUGGAAGAUACAUUUCAUCAUGCUGAAAUCAAAGAGCAAAGCUGAUAAGACGGAAAAGGUUCUGGCGGCGGAGAAAGAGCAGUUUGGAAAACAGCAGCUCCACAGCAUCACCAAGACCCUCACCGCGGCCGAAACCCCACUCAAAGAAAAAUAUGCAAGGAACAUCAUCCUGGGCACACACAAGGAGAGUGGCGCCACCACCUUCAUGUCCUACUGCCAGAACCUGCCUCUGUCCAGCAGCUCCGUGAUCAGCUGGAAGUACUGCUACAUGCUGCACAAGGUGCUCAGGGACGGACACCCCAACGCUGUUCGAGACUGCAACAGAAGGUCUCGCAAUGUCCGAGAUAUGGGCAUUCUGUGGGGAAACCUUCAUGACCGAUAUGGACACCUUGUGGCUUUGUCCGCCAAGUACCUCUGUCUCAAAAUGGAGUUUCACGUCAAGCACAAGUGUAUCCCAGGCAACCUGGAGGCCAGCGACGAGGCUGUGGAGAGAGAAGCAGGAAGUGACAAGAACCAAGUGUUAGACAUGACUCAGGAACUACUGGAAUACCUGGAUAAUGGGCUGAAAUUUGCUGACACAGUGCUGCGUCAGGUGGACGCUAUCGGGGCUAAGUCCACCACCGCCUCUGGCCAGUGCCGACUGGCCCCCCUUAUCCCCGUCAUCCUGGACUCCAGCUUCCUUUACCACUUCUCCGUCAUACUGCUCUUCAAACUCCACAGCCGUAUUUCACCGGAUUCUCUUCUUGGACACAGAGAGAGAUUUCGGGAUCUUUUCACAAGUCUCACAGAGUUCUACAACCGGACUAGAGAAAUUGAGUUCUUUAAAACCAUAAUUCAGAUCCCAGACCUACCAGACUCCCCCCCGAACUUCCUGCGUGCCGCCGCGUUUGCCGAGUACAAGCGACCCGUGGUUGUCGUGGGCGACGGGGAGCCCCAUGAGGAGGAGGAGGCGGGGGGGCAACCAGAGCCCCGGGACGCGCCCCAGAACCAGCAGUACUACUCCGUCAACCAGUACGGCCUGCCCGAGGCACAGGAGCAGAGGGAGACCGAGAUCCUGAGGAAGGAGCUGCUGGUCCUGAAACCAGAGCUACAGCUCAUCAAGACCGAGGCCCAGAGGUGUGUGAUGGAGCUGAAGGGCCAGGUGAACCGGCUGGAGGCCCAGCUGGAGGAGCAGACCACCCACAAGCAGAUGGCCCUGGUGGGCAACGAGCAGCUGAGGAUGGAGGUGGAGGCGCUGCGCUGCACGGGCGUGGCCAACGCCGGCGCCCAGGUGGGCUACAAGGAGGCCGACACCAGGGCCCAUGCAGCAGAGAUGCGCUUCUCUCAACUGAAGGAGCGACAUGCAGAGCUGGUGACCAGUCAUGCAGACCUCAUGAAGAAGAAUGCAGAGACGGUUAGGGUGCUGUCAGGUAUGAAAAACGACAAAGACGACAUGCAAAUCACUAAACAGCAGGUGUCUAAUGAGUUGGAUCGCAUCCGGCAGGAAAACAGAGCACAGAUGGAGAAACAGCAGCAGGAGAUGGAGCGGAUGAGGAAUGAUCUGUUGGCGCAAAAAGCAGAACUGGAUCACGCUCGGAGCGCUCUGGGGCAGAAGGAAAUGGAAGGGUCCCAGCUGAGCGGCCUGCUGGCCGGGCUCCAGGCCGAGAGGGACAUGCUGCUCCGCUCGGCCAGCGACAAGGACGCAGAGCUCAGCUCUCUCAGGCAGCAGGCCCACUCCCUGCAGAGCUCCCUCGACCAGGAGAGAGACCGCCACAACAGGGAGAUGGAGGCUCUGAGGGCUCAGCUGCAGCAGCAGCUGGCGAUCAACGCAGAGCAGAAGCUGGAGAUCGACAGGCUGAGGCGAGAGCUGGACCAGGCCCGCAUGCAGGCGUCCAACGCCAGCACCGCCCUGCAGACCAAAGAGAUGGUGGGGUCCCAGCUGAGCGGCACCCUGGCGGGCCUGCAGGCGGAGAGGGAGGUGCUCCUGCGCUCGGUGCGGGACAAGGACUCGGAGCUGGCCUCCCUCCGGCAGCAGAGCCAGCUCCAGCAGAGCUCCCUGGACCAGCACCGGCAGAUGGCCGGCAUGGAGCUGGGGAGCCUGCAGGCACAGCUGCAGCAGCAGGCGUGCCGGGAGGGGGAGCUGACCAGGAAGCUGCAGGAGGAGCAGUUCUGCCUGCUGCAGUGCGCCGUGGUGGAGGCGGAGGGCAUCGUCCUGGACGCCAUGGCCAAGAUCGACGACCCCAUCCACGUCCGCUGCACCAGCUCCCCUGACUACCUGGUGAGCAGAGCUGAGGUGGCGCUGGGCUCCAUAGACAAGAUGCACCAGAACCAGCUGGUCUACAUGGGGAACAUGAGCGAUGCCAGUGGUCUACUUAGAGCCGUCACCCAGUUCUCCCACCUGGCAGCGGACACCAUCGUCAAUGGAGCCGCAGCCUCCCACUCUGCACCCACUGACCACGCUGACCGUCUGACGGACGGCUGCCGGGACUGCUCCGCCCACUGCCUGCAGUUCCUGAAGGAGCUGAAGCUACAGAGCACCCUGCCGCGCGCCGACCCCACCGCCAUGCGCUACGCCGUCCAGAGGAUCCUCGCCCUGGGACAGGAGCUGCAGCCCAGAGGGAGAGACGUGCUGAAGGAGGAGAUGGGCGACAUGGUGGACAAGGAGAUGGUGGCCACCUCCACCGCCAUAGAGGAGGCCGUGCUGCGCAUGGACGAGAUAAUGAGCCAGGCCAGACGAGAUACGACCGGAAUAAAACUAGAAGUCAACCAGAGUAUUCUUGGGUCCUGUUCGGAUCUGAUGAAGGCCAUUCAUAUGCUGGUGACCGCUGCGACCGACCUGCAGAAGGACAUUGUGGAGAGUGGAAGGGGGGCAGCAUCUGCAGAUGAAUUCUACGCCAAGAACUCCCGCUGGACCGAGGGUCUGAUCUCAGCCUCCAAGGCCGUCGGCUGGGGGGCCACCCAAAUACUAGAGUCGGCCGACCGAGUCGUGUCGCACAACGGUAAAUACGAGGAGCUCAUCGCCUGUUCACAUGAGAUCGCAGCCAGCACUGCCCAGCUAGUGGCGUCUUCCAAGGUGAAGGCGGACCGCAACAACAAGAAGCUGUACACGCUGCAGCAGGCGUCAAGACACGUCAACGACAUGACCGCCGUCGUGGUUACCUCCACCAAGCACGGACAGCAGCAGGUCACGGAAAAAACUCCGAUGGACUUCACUGGAAGGUCUCUCAUCAAGCUCAAAAAGAUGGAGAUGGAGGCUCAGGUGAAGGUGCUGGAGCUGGAGAGCGAGCUGGAGCAGGAGCGCGUGCGCCUUGGGGAGCUGAGGAAGAAGCACUACGACAUGGCUGGAGACCACCAGGGGGAGCCAGAGAGAGGAGGGGACGGCGACGGAGCGGACAGCUUCCCCCCUCCGCCUCCUCCCACACUACUACCUGAGCUCCCCUCCGCCCAAACACAGCCCUACCAGAGCAGCACCUCCGCCACCACCACCGCCGCCACCACCACCAGCACCACCACCAGCACCACCCAGGGGCUCGGCAACAGCAACCCCUUCCUCAAAGCCCUCACAGAGGCGUCGCUUGCACCGUCACCGCCGUCAUCGUCGCUGUCAUCGUCCGCAACAGCGGCGUCUACGCCCCUUUCGACGUCCCAGUUGUUCACACCAACGCCUCAGCCCUACACUGCUGGUCAGCCCUUCACACCUGGUCAGACGUAUGCACCGUACACACCGUCUACCCAACCGUACACACCGUCUACCCAAUCGUACACACCGUCUACCCAAUCGUACACACCGUCUACCCAACCGUACACACCAUCUACCCAACCGUACACACCAUCUACCCAAUCGUACACACCGUCCGCCCUAUCAAACACACCCUUCGCCCUAUCAAACACACCAUCCACCCUCUCUUACACACCAUCGACCCAGCCUUACAUACCAUCGGCCCAACCUUACACACCCUCCGCCCUAUCAAACACACCCUUCGCCCUAACAAACACACCAUCCAGCCUCUCUUACACGCCAUCACCUCAAUCCUAUCUCCCGUACACUCCGAAUCAGUCUUUCACACAGUCGCCGCCCAACGCGGCGUUUAACCCCACCCAAAGCUCCACCAAACCUCAGGGCUAUUUACCAUCACCACUCCCAACGUUGACCGUCCCCACGUCCCUGAACCCGGUCUCCAAACAAAAGACGACUCCACAGAGCAGCCCGACGCCCGCCCGGAAGCCGAACAUCUUCACCAAGUCGGGCAACCUCUUAAAGAACGCGUUCAGAAAAAGUGAGGCUGGAAGCGGGGAAUCCUGACUGGAACACGCCUGGACUCGUAAAUCUACCAUCUGCUCAGAGCUUCAAAUGUUCUAAAUAAAAUAUUGUAUGCAUAGAGCUUUUAUCUCUGUGUUUCACCUCUCUUUGUAAUAAUUUUGUGGAAAGAAUGUCAUUAAAGUUCAUCAAAUUGUAAUUCA